ACGUAGCUUUCGAUCUUGGUGUUCAAUCCCGGAAGACAGAGAUGGCGGCAGCGAUGACGGCGUCGAUCGCCAGCUGGCCCUCCGGAGGCCCUAGUCUCGAAUGGGAGUCUCUUCUCUUCAGUGAAAUUGGUGAUCUCUUGGGAGAAGAUGAACUUCAGCUAGAUGUAGAGAAUGAAACAUAUGAAAGCAGUCUUGGUGACCUUGACUUUGAUUUAGACUUGAUGUCUUGGGAUUCAGAUGCAUGGGAUGUUAUGAAGCAGACCCCAUCAGAUAUAGAGUGCAAAGCAGAACCUCUGUCACCAACUGCUUCAACAGAUUCAGUUCCUUCUCCUUUACCUGUGGACUCUCCAGUACAACAUGUACCUGAAGGUGUGGAGUUUGGCACUAAUUCUCACUUAUCCAUUGCAUCUUUAUAUGACAAACACAGCUCCAGAUCAUCAUUACCUAAAGAGCAAACUGAGAAGUCCCCACCUAAAAUUAUGCGUUGUUCAGCAAAUGGAUCAUCGAUGACUAUUAAUCGAAGUAAUCCAGCAGCCUCAAAACCGUUAAUUCAGCCCAAGCCUCCGUUGCGUGCUUUUUGUGAGACUCAGCCUAAUCUCCAGGCAAAAGCCAUUGUCAUUCCAGCUCUUCCCACUCUCCUGACGCUGUCCAAGCAGCAGCCAGUUGUAACUAUCCAGCCAGCACCUCCAAAAGGUCAGCCACUAAUGAUUUCUCAGCCUGCUGUGGUUCAUCUUCAGACAUCUGGAAUCCUUCCUGCCUCAAAUCCAGCCAUUGCUGUUAAUGGUGGAGUAAAACCAUUAACAGGUCACACCAUUAGGGUAUUACCACAAGCUGCAGGAAAGAGUUUGACCGGUGGGAACCUAGCAGAACCUAAGCCUGUCCUUCACGCCUCUUCCUCAAGUACAAACAUGGAUAUGAAUGUUCUAAAACGGCAGCAACGCAUGAUAAAAAACCGGGAAUCGGCUUGUCAGUCACGGAGGAAGAAAAAGGAAUAUAUGCAGAGUUUAGAAGCUAGACUGAAGACUGCUUUGUUAGAAAAUGAUCAUCUUAAAAGAGAGAAUGGUUCACUGAAGAGACAGCUAGAUGAACUGGGAGUGGAGAAUCAGAAUCUCAAAGGCUCCCCUCCAAAAAGAAGAGCAUUCUGUGUGAUGGUGUUGUUUGCUUUUGUAAUGCUAAAUUAUGAUCGGCUAAGGUUUGAAUGGGGACCUGAUUCUGCUGAAAAGCUUGCCAGCACUAGCUACCAAAGUCGACAUCUUCUUGAAUUUUCUGCAAGCAGGCCUCAGGAAACUGAUGGCAAAAAUGAGGAAUAUAAGCCCUUGGUUUCGGAUAACAAAGCACUCAUGGUAGUUACUGAGGAACCAAUAAUAUAUGUUCCUCCUCCACCUUGCCAACCAUUUAUCAACCGGACAGAAUCACUCAGGUUAAGUCAUGAACUAAGAGGUUGGGUACAUAGACACGAAGCAGAAAGAACAAGAUCAAGAAGGAUGUCAAAUAAUCAGCAGCAAAAAGAGCAAACUGUCCAGAGUGCUUCAGGAAAAAAUUCUGAACUCAUGACUCUUCCCUAUACAGACAACAGUGUUGGUAGGAAUUCAGGAAGUGAGCUACAGGUUUAUUAUGCUUCGCCACGAAAUUAUCAUGAUUUUUUUGAUGCAAUUCACAGAAGGGGAGAUACAUUCUAUGUGGUGUCCUUCCGUAGGGAUCACCUGUUGUUACCUGCCACCACGCAUAAUAAGACCAGGCGACCAAAGAUGUCAAUAGUGUUACCAGCAAUAAACAUUAGCGAGAAAAUCAUUAAUGGGCAAGACUAUGAAGUUAUGAUGCAGAUAGACACUGAAGUAAUGGACACCAGGAUCCUGCACAUCAAAAGCUCAUCCAUCCCACCUUACCUUCGAGAACAGCAGAGGAACCACACAACUUCCUUUUAUCAUUCUCCUCCAACCGUUCCAGAGGCAGCUCCUGCUGUCAGAACAAUCACUGAAUCACCCCAGUAGGCUCUCAGAAUGAGGCUUUCAUACUUGCUGGGAGAUAGGUGACCCAUGUGGGUUUGCCAUGGCAAUUUCAGGGGCAGUAUCCUGUAUUAGACAAUAGCUUGAGGUUUCUGGAUUUCAGGAUUCUGCUUUUAGACCUAGCCAAAAAUUAAUUUCUCGCCCACUCUGUCUAGAUUAUCUGCCAUCUUUGUAAGGCAAUAUUUAUGGGCCUAAGAACUUCACUUUGUUAAAAGAAAUGCUAAAAUUGCAAUGGGUAAAAUAAUGUUAUUGAUGGAAGUUUGGCUUCUGUGGGGUUAAUUAAUUCCUGGGAUUAGGGAUGGGCACUAAAUGUCUUUGCUUUCCAUUACCUUCUUAGAAAUAAAUAUCAAUUUCUUGGCAGUUUCUGAAGAAGAAAUGUAGGGGCCACAUAUGGAAUACAGGUUGUCUGUCACUAAUUAUUUAUAUUUGUUUUAUUUUUAAUUUCAGUUUGUCUGUAGAGUUUAUACUUUGCAUUCUUUACUCAAUCUUAUUCUGGGUUUUCAUUCCUGCUUCAUUUUACCAGGAGGAGGAAAAUAAGGAACUACAGAUUCUUGUUCACCAAAUUAGAGCUUAAGCCAUUCUUUGCUACACUCUGUAUUUUCAGUACUUUUUUAUUAUUUUAUUCAGUCUCUAGACAAAGUACUAUAUCCUACACUGGCUUUUCCCGGUACUUUAUUAUACAACAAAUGCCCAGUCCAGCUGUUUUGCAUUUGUUACAUAAGAUACAGAUGUUUUGUUGAUACCACCCUUUAAUUAUGUGCAAAUUUGUAAAGUAUUGUUACUGGGAAAAUCUUUCUAGUGCUAUUAUAGAAAUUAAAAUUCUGUCAGAGUGUAUCUGAACCAGUUUCAAGGGCACCUAUUGACCGAGACUUGCAAAAUUACUAAUGAAAAGCUUUGUUUUGACCACUACACUCCUAUUACUUUGGGCUAAAUAUUAAGUGAAUGUACUGGAAUCGGGGCAAGUGACGCUUAUUUAUUGGCCCAGGUUGUAGAAGAGAGCCAAAGGCCAGAUAUUCUAGAGAGAAGCUAUGUUCAUGUGUGCACAUCUUCAUGCGCUUCCUGCAUGAAUUUGCUUAUUAGAAUAAUUUAUGUCCUCUGGUUUGGCAACAGGGAAGGAUCAAAAAGAGUGUGUUCAAGUGGAAAGGCCCCAAUUCAUAUUGAGAGCGCUAGAUCAAUGAAAACAGGUUCUCUGCCUUUUCCACUCCACUUCUUCCAUUGACAUAGUUUAUGCCCACAUUGGGCAUAUAGGAUACCCACAUUGGGAUGUACUUUGAGAUUUUUAUUUGGAAUAAGGGAGGAUGUGUUGCCUGACGCAUAGAUAUUUGCAGGUGAUGCAAACUAGAGCAUAAUACUGCAUAAACUAAGGUAUUUAUUUCUUAUCAAAUAUCUGAGCCUUCUUUAGAUGUAAAUACCCUCAGGACAGAUUUCAUAGUAAAGGUAAGACUAGUGAGGAGGAAGGAGCACUUGGCUAAGCAUUUGUGAAGUGGACAAAUAAGCUCUGAAUGUAAAAGGCUUCUUCAAAUAAGUGAAGAACGUAUGAGUCACGGGCAAAACUUUGUGUGCCUCUCAGCAAAGAAAACCUCCAUUGGCUAACUUCCAUUGCAUAGGCAUCGUCUGCUUUUCUUCCCUUCUGCAUGUGUGUGACCUUGUUUGAUCUUCAAAAUUCCACUUUCAUAUCUUGCAAUCCUACUUUAUUAAAGAUUAUCACAACUUCCACAAAAAACUACUUCAGGCAUUGAACGGGUAUUAAUGCAAAUGUAUGAGCAGUGUACACAUAUGAGCAAUAUAAUGACGGAUGAAAGUGCAAGAGAUGAACAGCGAUAGAGUCUUCCCUGAAAAGGAGUGGGCAAAAUUCUGUGUUGUGGGUUCGUUCAUUGAUAUGUUAACUUCUGUGGAUAACAGAUUGCAUAGGAGUUGUAAUAUUACAUGUGUAUACUUUAACCUGAAAAUCUAUCAGCUUUAUUUAUUUUCUGUGCUGUUAUUUACACACAUCAACUACUGGAUAUAAGUAAGGUAAAGUCAAUGAUAUGUAAAUUUGAAUAUAUAUAUAUAUUUGAAGUCUUUCUUCAAAAGCAUCAAGAGUGACUGGACAAAACCUAACAAAAUUAAAGAUAACAACCCACUAUAAACCAGUAGCAAAAUAAUUGAACAGCAUAAAACUAAAAUCCUUACAGAACAAAAAAAGAAACUGGCAGCACAAUUAGGUCCAAGUCAACUUCACCCCAUAUUUUCCACCUGCUCUGCCACAUUUCUUGUUUGUGUUGUGUACAGUAGGCUUCUCACAUGGCAAGAAUCCUUUUUUAUUAGUUAUUCUGUAGAGCGCUAUGAACAUUGAUAUACAAAACAUCGGAAGCACGAUGCAUAACCCUGCCUUGACAAUAGCAUGAAAUUACUUGUUAAAAAUUAAUUUCUGUCACAAGAAGUUGCAGUGUAUAUGGAGCUAAGGAUCUCAGAAUUGUUUUCUCUUGAGGGACAAAACAAUUCUAUUUUUUUAGAGAAAAUUUGUCUGGCUCUUACUGGAAAUUGAGUAAUGUUUUGUAAACAUUAUUUGAUUAAAGAAGGCGUUGUUCACUUGGAUGCUGAUGUUCCUUUGUGCCACAAUCAGGAGAAAGCUUUUCCCUGUUAAAUGUUCCCUAUAGACAUCCAUAUUAUGUGCAAUUUGAUGCUGUAGAAAUAAACAAAAAGAUGUUUGAGUGUGCACUUUUUAAAAAACAGUAGGGAACAGAUCAGCAGUUUACUAGAAGUUUUCUUUGGUAUCUUGAACAUAAAUCUUGGUAGUUAUCCUGGUUUUCAGAUUAAUCUGACCCAAGAUCAUUAAAAAAUUGCCAGAUGAGAAGCAUUUUUAGUUCAGCUAAUUUUUUUCUGCAUCUUAUAUGUUAGUGUUAUAAUAAAAAGCUUUUGCAGUCAAACUACGUUAUAGGUCCAUGAAGCUAAUUGCCAACCAAAAUCUAGCAGUGGUCUUGAAUAUCAAAGUAUCCCAGAUCUAAUUUUGCUAAAUAUAUAAUCUUGACUACAGUCCUUAUAAGUAUCUACUGGUGGAAAAAUGUACCUUAUGAAAAGAAGAAUCACUAGGGUGGGGGAAAGAGAAUUCAAGACUUUGAGUCAGUCAGAACUAUGCUUGUCUUUAUUUUUUCUCUGCCUUAAGUAUCCUUUCCUGUUUGAAAAACUCUUUCCCUUCUUGAGGGCCCUUGUUCAUCUCUAGUCUGGCCAACUGUGGAAAUCAGUUUUGAGCUGUUCUCCUGCCAGCCUCAGCAUUUCUUCAAUAUUGCCUGUCCAAAAUUGGCCGACUGCCUUUGGCUGAGUAAAUGUCCAGUGUUGCUUUUUUAUUGCUGUGCUGGAAAUACAAUUCUUUGCAGAACACUUUAUUAAAAACAAACAGCCUUCCUCUUCUGAGAAAGUAUAUGGACAACACUUUCACAAAAACCUAAGAUGUCUUGGGUGUUUUCUUUAAAGACUGUAACAUCUUUAAGCAAUGUUAAAAUAAUAUCUUGCACAUUAGGUUGGAUCUGUGCUUUGAGUAAUGAUGUAAAGUAGGUUUAGUUAAUUUAAGAGACACUGAAUUCAAUGGCCUACUCUUAACAAUUUUUUUAAGUUUGUACUUAAUGUGCUUUUUUGGUUUAUCUGUUUGUUUUGGUAAUUAAAUUAUUUCCUUGUUUCAAUAUUGUGCUUAUUUCUUUGAAACAUCUGAAUAAGAAAUCGUUUUUGUUAUCUGUAAUUACUGUUGGAAGAGCAAUUGCAUUGUCUUUUGUUUUUGGUCUUUAAACAAGAUACCUGGAAUCGAAAUUAUCCUACUACUGGGACAUCACAUUCAAGAAUUACUACUCUAUGUUUAGAUUCUCUUCCAAAAAAUAAAUAAAAUAUACAUGUAGAGCUGUGG